AUGAAGUCAACCAGCACGGCGUCUGUCACCAAUGUGCCAGAUGAAGAAAAGGACCUGCCUCUUGGCCAGGCCAUACGCCAAUACCCCAAGGUCGUAGCGUACUGCCUGUCCCUCACAAUUGUCGUUAUCGGAUGGGGUUACGCGUUGGUGAUUGUCGGCUCCAUCGUCGCCGUCGAGCCCUUUCAGCAUGAUUAUGGAGAGGUGUACAAGGACAAAUGGAUCAUUCCGUCACUCUGGGUCUCACUCUGGUCGGCCGCGAUCCCUCUCGGCAUGGCCAUCGGCUCCGUCUUUGCGGGAUGGUAUCAGGAUCGUGUCGGUCGCAUUUGGAGCUUGAGGACGGGUGCAAUAAUCUGCGCUAUUGGCGUCGCGGGCAUUUUCUUCUCCUACCUCCCGGCGGAUAUCGAGACCAUGCGAGCCCUCUUCUUCGCCGGCAAGACGGUCCAGGGAAUUGCUAUUGGAAUCCUCAAAGUCACUGCCAUGACAUACAUCUCGGAGACAGCGCCGACGUCUCUACGUGCCUCGGUAAUGGGCUUGGUACCGACGGGAAAUCUCUUGGGUCAACUACUGGGGUCUAUCGUCGUUUUCCUCGUCAACAAAGCCCCCAAUAGGACCGGAUACCUUGUCGCGUUCGGUUCCCAAUGGCUUCUUGCUGUCGUCCCUUUUGUUCUCUCAGUAAUCAUCCCCGAGAGUCCAGCAUAUCUCGAGGAACGCGGACAAUCCGACGCAGCUCUCAUGUCCUCCCGCAAACUCUACGCACCUGGAGUAGACGCCUUGAAGGUCCUGGAGAAGGUUCGGGCUAGUAUCGCCGAGGAGAAGGAGGCUACUUCGGGAGCGACGUACUUGACCUGCUUCCAGGGUGUUAAUACUCGACGGACAAUGAUUGUCAUCAUGGCCAACCUGCUCCCAGCGAUGUUCGGACUCGACCUUAUUGCCAAGUCGAGCUACUUCUUGCAGACCAUUGGCAUGAAGUCGAGCACCAGUCUCAUGAUUCUCAUCGGAGGCAUCGUUGCUGGCACCUUCGCUAACGGCGUCGGUCUCUGGGUUUUGUCGAGAGUUGGACGCAGGAAGGUCACUCUGAUCUCGAUGUCAAUCUCCACUGUCCUCUGGAUUGCCGUAGGUAUCUCUGGAAUAUGGAGAGGACCUGUGGUCGCAUACUUCACCGCCGGAGGAUGCAUUGCCAUCAUCAUUGUCUGCGGUAUGGGCGCAUGGCCUGCUGGCUAUGCCAUCAUGGGCGAAACAAGUUCGUUGAGACUGCGAGCAAAGACUCAAGGUAUUGGUGGCGUUGCUCAACAGGGAUCAUCUGUGUUGAUCAACUUCCUCCUUCCUCUAGCCUACAAUCCUGACGCUGGAAAUUGGGGAGGGAAGACGGGCUUUAUCUACGUUGGAUUAUGUGCUUUUGGAGUCCUGCUUUCUUGGUGUUUCUUACCAGAGAUGAAGGGGCGAAGCGUGAUGGAGAUCGAUCACAUGUUCAAUAUCAAGCUGCCCGCGCGACAGUUCAAGAAGUGGAGAGGCGAUGUUGAGUCCAAGUAG